AUGGGAUCGAACGAAGAAAUGAAGGAGCUGGUGACGGUGAUCAACAAGCUCCAAGACGCCUUCGCGUCCACCUACUCCGGCGUCAACCUCGAACUGCCCAAGAUCGCCGUCAUCGGAGGACAGAGUGCGGGCAAGUCUUCCGUCCUCGAGUCCGUGGCCGGCAGGGACUUCUUACCGAAGGGCGCCGGCAUCGUCACGCGAUGCCCAAUCAACCUGCAAAUGAUCCCCGACGAAGAGGAGUACGUGGAGCUGCUGGAGCACCCGGACGUGAGGUACACCGACUUCAACGACGUGAAGAAAGUGAUCGCAGACGUGACGGACAAGGAAACGGCGGACAAGGCCGUUUCCAGCAAGCCCAUCAUGCUCCGAUUUUACUCCCCUCACGUUCUGCAGCUGACGCUGGUGGAUCUGCCCGGUCUGACCAAGAUCCCCGUCGGGAAUCAGCCCGAAGACAUAGAGCAACUCGUCCACGACAUGAUCCUGGAAUACAUCAAACCCUCAAACACCCUGAUCCUGGCCGUGACCCCCGCCACGGAGGACCUGGCCAACUCCGACGCCCUCAAACUCGCCCGCCGAGUCGAUCCCGAAGGCGAGAGGACCAUCGGCGUGUUGACGAAGCUAGACCUGAUGGACAAGGGCACCGACGCGCGACGCGUGCUCGAGAAUAAAAUUUAUCCCUUAAAGCGAGGAUACAUUGGGGUGGUGAACCGAUCCCAGAAGGACGUCGAGGAGAAGGUGGACUUGCGCGAGGCCAGGGACGCGGAGGAAAAGUUUUUUCUGGAGCAUGCGGUGUACAGGCACAUGACCGACCGAGUGGGAACGAAGACCCUGCAGCGGGUCCUCAAUCGCCAACUGCAGGAACACAUCAGGGAGAAACUCCCGGGGAUCCGAUCCGAAAUGAUCAAACAGAAAGCCGACCUCCAGCAGAAGCUGCAGAGCAUGGACGCCCUGGAGGACAAGGACAUCAACGACAACGCUCUCUUGCAUCAGGUGAUGGCCAGGUUCACCAAGACCAUGGAAGCCUGUUUCGAGGGCUUCGACUACUCCGUGGACACCAAGGAGAUCGUGCUGGGGGUCGUCAUCAACGAGACCAUCAACACGAACAUCAUCAAUGGCCUUCUCAACGAGAGGAGCUUGAUGCUGACAAAGGAGGAAGUGAUGACGGCCUUGAGAAAUUUGGUCGGAGUCCAGAACUACAUUUCGGCUUCGCAGCAAGUUUUCAAGAAUAUGGUGGAGAAGAUCACCAAGAAGUUCAAGGAACCGAUGAAGAAAUCCGUGGAAAUCAUCGCGGCACUCACCCAAAAGGCCAUCGAAAAAUGCGCCAGAAAGGAAAUCAUAUCUUAUCCCCACUUGGAAGAAGCCGUCCUGCGCCUGCUGAUGGAGCGACUGCAGGACAACGAGCUGAAGUGCAAGGAAGACCUGGAAAGAUACAUAAAAGCGGAAUGCGCCUUCAUGAACACCAACCACCCGUGGAUGGGACGGUGCGACUCCGACGGUCACAGUCACAAACGCUGCCUUUCUCCCAGCGACUACGACGAAGGCAAGGCGAAGAACCCAACCACUCUAACCAACUCCACAAACCCCUCCAAAUCCGCCAACCCCACCAACCCAGUCGAACUGAAGCCCUUGCUCCCCCCCAAACCUAAAAAGGUGCUCCAUCAAGGCUACUUGGACCUCGCCAGUGACUCCCAGUUCUUUAAGAAGAAGAAACCCGUCUGGAUUACCAUCACCCCUCUUCACGUGUCCAUAUACACGGACCAUGGAGAAGGAACGGAACUGAUGCAACUGCAAAAUACCAAGAUCAAGAUCGGCGUCGAGACCGAUGUGGCGCGGAGAAGGAAGAAGUUCAUCAUAUCUCGCAUCGAUGGCAGCUUCAUGACGAUGGUGCAGGCAAGGAUCAUCGAGACCAUGUACAACGGGACGAAAGGGAACGAGGAAGGGGAGCGUUGGGAGAACACGUUCAAGGAAGCAGGCAUCCAGAUGGAGGAUUUGGGAAACCCGGUCGACGGACUCGUCUACGAAGAUGAAGGAACCGAACCCCAUCCCACACCCCGAAAGUGCGCGACUCCACCGCCUAAGAUCGACUUCAGCAAGGACGCGCAUGACCACAUGGAACGGAUCCUCAAGUACGUGCAGAUCGUGAAGCAGACCAUCCAAGACCUCACGCCAAAGUACAUCGUCCAUACCAUCAUCAAAGAGCUGAUGACGUACGUAAAUGAGAGGCUCGUGGCGGAAAUCCAGGAGCAAAGCGACCUCAAAAAGUUGAUGGAACCAGGCGGAGAGGAGGAGCUGAAAAAGAGAAAAAUGAGGAGCAUGUUCGACGCGACGACGGAGGCGGUGGGGAUCAUCAACAGCCUCGCCUGGCUUAACGUCGAUGCAGUUGGAGAGCCUUCAUUCAUUUUCCCAGCCUAG